AUGAUACCUGAAAAGCCUCUUCCCUAUCCCGACUGCUGGGGCAGCACUGAGGAGUACGUGUCCAGCUUGCUAGAGUUUGCAAGCACGUCGGACAGGUUUCAAAUGCUCUGCGGAGGCGUGCACGUUCUCGACUUUUUCACAAAUGAGCCGGGCCUAUUUCAGCAGAUCAUCCCGCAGGACUGGCAGGAUUACCUGAUGCGGUGCGAUCCCAUGCGGCUUCUGGACGUGCUGAUGCGAGAUGACCUGGAUUCGCCGGCGGGAGAGCACGCUGCCGGGCUGCCCGACAGCUUGUUGCAGUACAUAAAGGAGAUCCGCAAGCAUUCGCUGGCCCGCAAUUUCCAGGCGAAGCGGGACAAGCUACCCAAGAUGACCAGACUUGUCUCUGUGGGAAUGAAGCCCAAGAAGAUACACGAAGUCAGCAAUUUUGCUAGUUAUGUGGACAGGCUGUCUACCGACGUGGAGACUCUCACCGGUGAGGAUGUCACGCACUUUGUUGAUUUUGGGAGCGGCCAGAACUAUCUGGGCAGAGCUCUGGCAAGCGCUCCUUACAAUAAGCAUAUCGUGGCGGUGGAAGGACGGGAACACAACAUCACCGGCGCAAAAGAGCUAGACAUGCUAGCCGGCAUGGCCGAAAGAGAGAAGGUCAUGCGCAACAAGAAGCUUUGGCAGCAGCUGCUCAAUAGCAAGAAAAAUGGCGAUGAGGUAGACGAGAGCACUCUCAAGAGGCUUUCCAACCUGCCAAAAGUUUCCGAGGAUUAUGUACCAGACUUCAGACCCACCCGAGAUCUACAGGCUGUGUACAAGCCCGAGGAUGGGAAGGGCUUCAUACGAUACGUCUCUGGGCGGCUGGAGUCAGGAGACUUGUCUGACGUCGUCACGCAACUUGAGGCAAAUCCUGACAAGGCAAGUGAGGAGUCAAAAGAUCUCCGGUUGAUGGCCAUAUCGAUUCAUUCCUGUGGCAACUUGUCUCAUCAUGGAAUCCGUUCGCUCGUGAUGAACCCACGGGUGCGAGCGGUCGCCAUAGUUGGAUGCUGCUACAAUCUGAUGACCGAGAAGCUAGGCCCUCCAACCUACAAGCAUCCAUAUAUGCGGCCAAGUCUGCAGGCUCUCAAUGGCCGAGUCAUUCGAGAAUCUGCAAAGUUCGAUCCCGAAGGAUUUCCCAUGAGUGAGCGGCUUAGCACCUACAAGACCGACGGGGUGCGUUUCAACAUCACAGCCAGAAUGAUGGCCUGCCAGGCACCGCAGAACUGGGGCGAAGAAGAUAGCGAUGACUUCUUCACUCGCCAUUUCUUCCGGGCCGUCUUACAGAAGAUCUUUCUUGAUAAAGGGGUUAUCCAGAAGGUCUACCACAAUGGCACAGAUGACGAAAACGGCGAGUGCAGCCCCUUCAACAUGAGCACAAAUCCCGUCAUUAUCGGAUCACUCCGCAAGGCCUGCUACAAGUCGUUUCAUUUGUAUGUCAGAGGGGCGAUCACAAAGCUGACAACCCAUUCUGAUUACCAUGAACAUUGCGAAAUCAUCAAAGAGAAGCUGGGUGAUAUUACGGAUGAGGAGAUUGCACGGUACGAAAGUCUCUACCGCCACCGCAAGCGAGAGCUGAGUGCUAUAUGGAGCUUGAUGGCUUUCAGUGCUGCGGUCGUGGAGUCCCUCAUUGUGACAGACCGUUGGUUGUUUCUGAAGCAACACACCGAUACGGUGAAAGACUGCUGGGUCGAGACUGUGUUUGACUUCCGUGAAAGUCCUCGGAACCUAGUCGUGGUGGGCGUUAAAGAGCGCGGCAAAUGA